CCCUAUCGAUCAGAAACAACGUUAAACCUUAAACCCAGGCAAUUGUACGGGAACUAGUCUGCCAUUUCUCUCUCGGUGUUAGAAAUGGCGGGGCCGUUGCUUCGCUCUCUCUGGUCCUCCACGCGCAACUCUUUCUCUUCCUCCUCUGCGUCCCCCACUCUCAAACCCUACCCAUUAACCCCACGUGCAUCUCCACUCGCACGCGCCUUCUCGGCAGCCACUGCGGCCUCCAAUGCUAGUACUUCCCCGAACACCGUCCUGGAUCCGAGCCGCCUCCGCAACGUGGCAGUAAUAGCCCAUGUGGACCACGGCAAGACGACGCUCAUGGAUCGCCUGCUCCGCCAGUGCGGCGCCGACAUCCCCCACGAACGAGCCAUGGACUCCAUCAGCCUCGAGCGCGAGCGCGGAAUUACCAUCGCCUCCAAGGUCACGUCAAUUCCAUGGAAGGAGAUUGAGUUGAACAUGGUUGAUACGCCUGGACAUGCCGAUUUCGGUGGUGAAGUUGAGCGGGUUGUUGGUAUGGUUGAGGGUGCAAUUUUAGUUGUUGAUGCUGGGGAAGGUCCGCUUGCACAGACCAAGUUCGUACUUGCUAAAGCCUUAAAAUAUGGGCUGCGCCCCAUUCUUCUUCUAAACAAAGUAGAUCGUCCUGCAGUUUCUGAGGAGAUGUGUAAUGAAGUUGAGAGUUUGGUGUUUGAUCUUUUUGCAAAUCUUGGUGCUACAGAGGAGCAGCUAGAUUUUCCUGUGCUGUAUGCUUCUGCUAAAGAAGGAUGGGCUUCCACCACUUUCACCAAAGAUCCUCCUGCUGAUGCAAGAAAUAUGUCACGACUGCUUGAUGCCAUUAUAAGUCAUGUUCCUCCACCAACAGCCAAUCUUGAGGCACCUUUCCAAAUGCUGGUUUCUAUGAUGGAACGAGACUUCUACCUUGGACGAAUAUUGACCGGACGAGUUUCUUCUGGCAGCAUUCGCAUUGGUGACAGAGUUCAUGGGCUUCGUCACAAAGAUUCUGGAGUUGAGAAAAUUGAAGAAGGGAAGGUUGUGAAGCUGAUGAAAAAGAAGGGAACACAUAUGGUCGUAAUUGAUUGUGCUGGAGCUGGUGACAUAGUGUCAAUGGCUGGGUUAGCAAGCCCAUCUAUUGGCCAUACAGUUGCAAGCGUUGAGAUUAUGACUGCAUUGCCCACCGUUGAGUUGGAUCCCCCAACUAUUUCCAUGACUUUUGGUGUCAAUGACUCUCCCUUAGCUGGUCGUGAUGGUACCCAUCUCACUGGAGGAAAAAUUGGCGAUCGACUAUCAGCUGAAUCGGAAACAAAUCUUGCCAUUAAUGUUCUCCCAGGCUUAUCAGAAUCAUUUGAAGUUCAGGGGAGGGGAGAACUUCAACUGGGUAUUUUAAUUGAGAAUAUGAGGCGGGAAGGCUUCGAACUGUCUGUCUCACCACCCAAAGUCAUGUACAAAACAGAGAAUGGUCAAAAACUUGAGCCAAUUGAAGAAGUUACUAUUGAGGUAAAUGAAGAGCAUGUGGGGUUAGUAAUGCAAGCCUUAUCUAAUAGGCGUGCUGAGGUUAUCGAUAUGGGUCCUGUUCCAGGAAGCGCUGACCGGACUAGAUUGUCUUUGACAUGUCCAUCAAGGGGCCUGGUUGGUUACAGAAGCGUAUUUAGCAGUGACACACGUGGAACUGGAUUUAUGCAUCGUGCUUUCUUAAAAUAUGAGAAAUAUCGAGGUCCUCUUGGAGAUGUCAGGAAAGGAGUGUUGGUGUCAAUGGGCUAUGGUACAAUCACAGCGUAUGCCCUAGUGAGUUUAGAACCUCGCGGAACUCUUUUUGUCACUCCUGGGAUGGAGACAUAUGAUGGCAUGAUUGUUGGCGAGCACUCGAGGGACACAGAUCUAGAUGUCAACCCAGUUAGAAAUAAGGAACUUACAAACAUACGUGCUGCUAGCAAGGAUGAGAAUGUGAAACUAUCUCCUCCCCGCCUUAUGACUCUUGAAGAAGCAAUAGGGUAUGUAGCCUCUGAUGAGCUGAUUGAGGUUACACCAAAGACAAUACGGUUAAGGAAGAAAUAUCUGGACGUUAACAAGCGUAAAAGCAUGAGUAAAAGGCAAAAGGAAUGAAUCCCGCCUUCUCUGCAGUUCCCGUAAUGUCGUUAGGUAUACUACUUGAAUGUAUCAAUAGUAGUACUUAUAACAUAUAUAUACAUACUCUCGUUCAACCAGUACACGGCAAUUUUGGUGAAAUUGUAUGCGUCGCGGAAGAUUUAUUCUUUAACAGAUCUGAGCAAAGAAACUUGAUGUUGUAUUUGGUGAGAAGACAAAAUAAAGUCGGAAAUUCUUGAUUGUUGCCUCUUGUCAUUUGUAUGUAAACUUAAAUGCACACAAAUGAAGUCAGUGUUAGAUUUAACAAUAUGAUACCAGAUUUUGGUUGUAAAAUAUGUAUCUUAUGGAGACAAGUAGAGGGAUGAUUUCGGAU